AUGUCCAACUACUACGGCGGUCAGCCGAAUAGCCAGCAAUACGGCGCGCCAGGAGCCGGCGGUGGUGCUCAAAACCUUCAAUUCUAUCCCUCGUCAUACUCCCCCGCCGUCUCGGGUGCCGCGACACCUCAACAAGCAUCAUAUGGCUAUGGCGCGGGUGCAUCUGCGAGUUUUGGAGCUGGUGGCCAGACUGGCUUUGCCUCUGCUGGCUUCGGCGGUCCUGGUGUAUCCGGACGGAUGGGUGAACAUGGUGGUUUGAGGACUGGCUGGCUGGCCGCAUUCUCGACGGAGGGAUAUGAUGGCGAGCCUCCUUUACUGGAGGAGCUUGGAGUUAAUUUUAACCACAUUCAAAUGAAGACACUCGCAGUUUUAAACCCAUUUAGACACAUCGACCAGCAUAUCAUGGACGAUUCCGAUCUUGCAGGACCGAUCCUGUUCUUCCUGUUGUUCGGAACCAUCCUCCUAUUCUCGGGCAAGGUGCAUUUUGGAUACAUUUACGGACUAGCACUGCUUGGAUCAACAUCGCUGCAUAUGAUUUUGUCGCUCAUGUCACCGACUGAAUCGCCCUCAUCCGAAUCAUACCACCCUCAGUACAACGAUCCUUCAUCUCAGUCCCAAGAUCAGCGAGGUGGGCACUUCUCUGCAACACUCACCUUCCCUCGAUCAGCAUCCGUUUUGGGAUACUGCCUCCUCCCCCUCGUCGCUACCAGUCUUUUCGGAAUCGUCAUGCCCAUGGACACGUCUCUGGGCAUAGUCUUGACUACGGCCGCCAUUAUGUGGUGUACAUACAGUGCCAGCGGCAUGUUCUGUGCUGUUGGAAGAAUGAAGGGCAUGAGGGGUCUGGUCGCGUACCCCUUGGCGCUAUUCUACGUCGGUUUCGGCAUUAUGGGCAUCUUCAGCAGCAGAGGCAGUGGAUCGUUCGCAAACGCAGCUGCGAACCUGAAGACCUGA